AGAUAAAAAAAUGCAUGCAGCUUAAAGAUUUUUGUGUGAUCAGAAAAUUUGAGAAACAACCAAAAUAUAACGUCACUUUCUCUCCUCUUUGAAACAAAUUUCGCAGUACAAUUAUUGCUUAACUACUUCAUUCCUCUGCAUUAUAGCUAGUGAAGUGGCUUUUAACUAUUUGGUGUAAAAGUCUUAAAUGGGUAGUUCUGAGAUGAAUUGUGUUGAUUUGGAGCGCGGUGGUGGUCAGGAUUCGUCGGUCCUGGAUGAUGAUGAUGAGGAAAGUAUAUGUUUUUCGGAAGCUGAUGAGGGUUCUUGUUAUUCUCAGUUCUACUCAACAGCUGAUGGUUCAAUUGAUGGCUAUAAUUAUGAUUCUGAAAUUGAUGAGGUUUUGCAUUCUAGAAGAGUGUCAUCUGUGGUUGGUUCAGAUUGUUCUGUUGAUAUGGAAAAUGGAGUUCAUGAAUUUAAGAUUUUCUUGGAGAGAAUGGAGAGAGAUUGCAGAAUCUGUCAAUUGAGUAUUCGAGGGGAGGGGGAUGGUAGUGAUUUAGAAUCUGGAGAUGCUAUCGAAUUGGGGUGUUCCUGUAAGAAUGAUUUGGCUGUAGCUCAUCAACAUUGUGCCGAGGCAUGGUUCAAAAUCAAAGGAAAUAAGAUCUGCGAAAUUUGCCAUUCUAUUGCACAAAAUGUUGUCGGUCCAAUUGAGACUGAAUCGGUGCAGCAGAUUCGUGAAGUCAGUGCUAUUCCAACAAAUGCAGCCUCAGUGCCAGUUUCGUCGCGUUCAGACAGUCGGGCAUUCUUAAUAGGUCACCGCUUCGUCAACAUUCUGCUUGCCUGUAUUGUUUUUGCAUUCUUUCUGUCAUGGCUUUUUCACUUUCACAUGCCUUCAUGAUGCUACCGAAGAAUUUUGUUUCGAUGAGAAAAGAAAUCAUAGAGAGCAGCAAUAUUUCGGACACUACCUUGAGCAUAUUCAUAGCUGAAGAGGUUUUUUGAUACAUGUGAAGCCUGAAGGUGCCAGAAUUUUUAUUUCUUGUAAAAAAUUUAGCAAUAAUCAGAGUGUUUCUUUUAUCCUGAUUCAAACUUCAAAACAAUUUGAAGUCAAUUACUAUUUCAUCAAAUGCAUACAUAUAACUUGUGUGAAGUUAAUUAGUAUCCUAAAAAGAUAUGGAAAGCUUUGGGCUUUUAGAUCAUGUUGAUAGGUAAGACGGUCGAGGCAUUGUUGCAUGAUCAUAUACUGAUGAACAUGGACUAGGUUGGAAGAUUCCUCAACUUCCUGAAAAGUGUAAAGACCAACUUCAUGA